AGGGGGUGUUUUAAUGUAAGCUAGAGGAGAGAGUGAGAGUGAGAGAGAUAGGGAGGGGAAGCACCUCUGCCGCUCUCCUUGUCUCCUCUCCUGUGCGCAGUGCUCCGGCCCGACCGCUCCUACCUUCCCUCCUCAUUUUCUCCCCACAGCUGUCUCUCUCUCUCUCUUUCUCUCUCUCUCUCUCCCGUGCACGAGCGCGCGCUCUUUCUCGCCCCUUUCUGAUGCUGUCCGUCCUUCUCUCACGCCACCGAGCCGGAGGAAGCCCUCGGCAGGGCUGGAAUGACUGACUACCUGUUUUGCGUGGUCUGAAUUUUCCAGACGGGGGGGAAUUCUGCGCGUCGGCGAAAGGAGGAGAGUCGAGAAGGAAGAAGGGAGGCUCUCCCCAGGGGGAGAUUUGAUUUUACAGAGGAAUGCCAGUGCCUGAGGUGGCGUCUGAGAGUGCCAGCGCCGCCGCCAUGUUGAGCCCCGUCCUCAAUGCCUCCAACGGAGACGGCUCCGAGUCUGAAACCACCUCCGCCAUCCUCGCCUCCGUCAAGGAACAGGAGCUGCAGUUUGAACGUCUGACCCGGGAGCUGGAAGCCGAACGACAGAUUGUUGCCAGUCAGCUGGAGAGAUGCAAGCUCGGCUCUGAGACCGGAAGCAUGACUAGCAUCAGCUCAGCAGAUGAGAAGUUUCGCUGGAACAACCAAGAUGGGCAGAAGGACAUAGAGGAGGAGCUGACGACUGGCCUGGAGCUCGUAGACUCGUGCAUCAGGUCGCUUCAAGAGUCCGGCAUCUUGGACUCGCAGGACGCUUCUACAGGAGAUAGACAAGGACUGCUCUCUCAAAGCGCUCUGCAGCUCAACAGCCAAGAUGCCUAUGCAGCUGCCGGUUACCACAGCAACCAAGGGCUGACGCUCGGGGAGGCGGUGGCGGCGCGGGGCGGGCAGGUCGGAGGCGCGGUUCACAGCUACAACCAGGUGGCAUCCAGCCGUGCAGCCGCCCAGCUGGUAGCCACGGACUCUCCCUCUCAGUCCCAGAGAGACCCGUACGCCCAGCAGGUCCUCGGCAGCGCCUUACACAUGUCCACCGACGGCGGACCCGCACCUGCCGGACCGUCCAUGUAUUACUCCUGUGCCACUUUGCCUGCUCAGCGUGUCAGCUCCCCUCUGCAGGCGGUGGGAUCCCCCACCAAGCUGCAGCGCCUGGCCUCAGCCUCCGCCGACAUGCCCAGCUACGCCACGCUGCAGAGAGUGUCUUCACCCAAACAGUCACCGAGCCGACUUGCAAAAUCCUACAGCACUUCAUCGCCCAUCAAUAUGGCGGCCGGUUCCUCCUCCCCGCUCCCCAUGGCCACCUCCCCCGGUGGGAACCACACCUCAUCGCCCAUCCACCAGCUCAGCUCGGCCGUGGGAAGCUACGCCACCCUGUCGCCCACCAAGCGCAUGCUGCAUCACAUCGGCGCGGACAGCUACAAGAUCUCCCACGAGCUUUACGCCAACGCAACCCUGCAAAGGCCUGGGAGCCUGGCAGGCUCCAGGGGUUCGUACAGCAGCCAGCACAGUCACCUGGGCUCCGAACUGCGGCCCCUCCAGUCCCCUGAGCACCACAUUGAUCCCAUCUACGAGGACAGAGUCUACACCAAGCCCAACCUUAGAGGACAAGUGGUGAACCAGCUGUACCAAGAGGUCCUCAACUAUCUGUUUCAUCCUUACGCUCCUCUUCCCGCUCUAGCCCCGUCCUCCCCUGGUGUUGAUCCAAUCCCCUUGCAGCGAACGGGAAGCCAGAGCGCCGCCGGCACCUUCCAGAGAGGCAGCUUCGCCACGGGAGGCGGGGCGGCCGACUACGCCAAUCCGUACCGCACUCUGCAGUUCUGUCCCUCCACCGAGUCCCCCUACAGCAAAUCGGGCCCGGCCCUUCCCCCUGAACCUGCUCUGGGCAGGUCUCCGUCGGUGGACAGCAUCCAAAAGGACCCAAGGUACGACCCCGAAUUCCUUGUGUGGAAUCAAAAUCAAGCCGAGCAAAGAAUGACAAAGGAGUUUGGCUGGAGGGAUCCAGAGCUGCCGGAAGUGAUCCAGAUGCUGCAGCAUCAGUUCCCGUCGGUCCAGUCCAACGCUGCAGCCUACCUCCAGCACCUCUGCUUCGGGGACAACAAGAUCAAAUCUGAGAUUCGCCGGCAGGGCGGCAUACAGCUGCUGGUGGACCUGUUGGACCACCGGAUGACAGAUGUUCACCGCAGCGCCUGCGGAGCCCUGAGGAACCUGACGAAAAAAACACGACAACAAGAUCCUGCAGCUCUGCGACUGACUGCUGAGACCACCGACCUGGAGAUCAGGGAGCUGCUCACAGGCGUCCUGUGGAACCUGUCGUCGUGCGACGCCCUGAAGAUGCCUAUCAUCCAGGACGCCCUGGCCGUGCUGACCAACGCCGUGAUCAUCCCGCACUCGGGCUGGGACACGUCCCCCCACACCCAGGAGGACCGCAAGCUUCACCUGCACUCCUCCCAGGUCCUCCGCAACGCCACAGGCUGCCUCCGGAACGUGAGUUCCGCCGGGGAGGAAGCGCGGAGGAGGAUGAGGGAGUGCGAAGGCCUCACGGACGCCCUGCUUUACGUCAUCCAGACGGCUCUGGGGAGCAGCGAGAUAGACAGCAAGACUGUGGAGAACUGCGUGUGCAUCUUGAGGAACCUGUCCUACCGUCUGGCCGCGGAGACGUCGCACAGCCAGCAGGGCGGCUCCGAGGAGCUGGACGGCCUGUUGUGCGACACCGGCGGCAAGGACGCGGAGAGCUCUGGGUGCUGGGGGAAGAAGAAGAAGAAAAAGAAGGGCCACGACCAGUGGGACGGCGUCGGGCCCUUCCCGGACUUGGCUGAGCCUCCGAAAGGCAUCCAGAUGUUGUGGCACCCCACCAUCGUCAAGCCCUACCUCACGCUGCUGUCAGAGUGCUCCAACCCGGACACCCUGGAGGGAGCAGCAGGGGCUCUGCAGAACCUGGCCGCCGGCAGCUGGAAGUGGUCCGUCUACAUCCGAGCUGCAGUGCGCAAAGAGAAGGGCCUCCCCAUCCUGGUGGAGUUACUGAGGAUAGACAACGACCGGGUGGUCUGUGCCGUGGCCACGGCCUUGAGGAACAUGGCUCUGGACAUUCGGAACAAGGAGCUUAUCGGCAAAUACGCCAUGAGGGAUUUGGUGCAUCGUUUACCCGGAGGCAGCAACAACAACAACACCAGCGGCGGCGGCGUAGGAGGAGGCAGCAUCAACAGCAGCAUCCUGGCGGGGAAGACCAUGUCGGACGACACCGUCACUGCAAUCUGCUGCGCGCUGCAUGAGGUCAUCACCAAAAACAUGGAGAACACCAAAGCCCUGAGGGACGCCGGCGGCAUCGAGAAGCUCAUCGGCAUCGCGCGCAGCAAAGGAGACAAACAUAGUCCCAAAGUGGUGAAAGCGGCAUCGCAAGUCCUCAACAGCAUGUGGCAGUACAGAGACCUCCGGAGUCUCUACAAGAAGGACGGCUAUUCGCAGUACCAUUUCGUGGGCUCCUCCUCCACGAUAGAGCGGGACAGACAGCGGCCAUAUUCCUCCUCUCGCACGCCGUCCAUCUCUCCGGUGCGGACGUCCCCGAACAACCGGUCAGUGAGCGCUCCCGCGUCCCCCAGAGAGAUGAUGGCAUUGAAGGAGAGGAAGGCAGACUACGAGUCUACCGGCAAUGCCAGUUUCCAUGGCAACAAGGGCGAGCACACGUCCCGGAAGGACGCCAUGACGGGUCAGAUCACAGGUGGAUCUUCAACCCUGCACAGAGGAGCCUAUGUGUCCCCUACUGACGAUCUGAAGUACAACCAGGUCUCUUCCCAAGGCUUACCAUCAGAGCCCUAUCCUCCUUUCCAGAACCCCCCGCCACCGGACAGCAGCAACUACGAGGACCAGGCCUUCUACGACAGCCAGGUCCACCAGGGAGGCCGUCCCCCGCAGGGCGACCUCAACAUGCACCUACAGGGACUAAAGUCCACCGGCAACUAUGUAGACUUCUACUCGGCCUCCAGACCCUACAGCGAGCUCAACUACGAGACCAGCCACUACCCAGCCUCACCGGACUCUUGGGUCUGAAGGGACACGAAGAACGGAGGAGGACGAGACGAAUGACGGGGAGAAGGGGGGACGGUUCAAGUUUGGAGUUCGAGCUGAGAGGACAGUUUGCCUCCCUUCCUCCCUCUCCCCUGUAGUUUCUGAGUAGCAUUAUAGAUAGCAGGACAAAGGAGGAGGAAGAGGAGGACGGAGUAGCAGUACGGAGACAUUGGGACAGGACUCUCCUUUCAGAGACGCCUGAGGAUGGCACGAGACGGAGCCGACGAGAAGAAGAGCUGCCACGCAUGUGCAUGCACACGACCAAUCGGACACUUUCUGUUCAUGUGUUGCAUUUCUGAUCAACAAGUGUUUUCAUAGAGUGCUCAGCUCGGCAGGGAGACCCCGGGCCCCUGAGGGACGAGACGGACGUGGGGAGAGAGUCGGAAUGUACGGAGUACGGGGAGGGAGAAGGGAAAGGGAGGAAGGUUCGGGUUGGCGAUCGCUUUGGGGAUCGGAAGGACGGCGGCGACGGAGGGAAACGGACAAGCGGUCUCCACGGCUGGAGGUUGAGGGGGACGCAGUGACAGUGGUCGCCUGUAAAUAUGUGCUAUAGCAACACGGCUUGUAGUAACGUGAAGCACAAGAGGCAGAGCCGUCGGACGUUUAGCGUGGGCUUCAGCGAGGUGUCUCCUCCUCUGGGCCGAAGGACGGGAAACAUUUUGAUGGUUUUGUUGUUUUUUUUUUUUUUGUCCGUUUCUUUCUACUUUUUUAAAUUCCUGUGUAUAGUAUUUGAUGUCCCACUGUACGUUGACGCAGAUGCAUUGUGUACUGUACAUUGCACUAUUUCUCAUGUUCUUUUCUGGCCUUUUUUUAGUUUGUCUUUUUAUUUAUUUAUUUUUUUGCCACUGGGUCAGCCUCACCUGAUAACCUGGCAUCACACGGAAUAGCCGCACUUAAAAUCUCACACCACAGUCGUGUGUUUUGUUGCUAAUGUGAAACACUGGAGAUGAACUGCUGGGUCACGGUGCUCCUUUCACUGCCCUGCUGUUAGCAGACGGUACCGCCGCCAGGAAGAGCCGAAGAGCGAGAGAGAGAGAGACUGACACGCCAUUCCUUCUCUGCUCGCUUUCGCUUUCCUGGGCUAGCUUUUGCGCUUCGACGUUGCAAAUCCGCUCCUCGUCGUUUAGGGCAUCCUCGAAGCGACUCGUCACCCGUCGUUGUAUAUAACCGUGCCAAACAAGCGUGCUAUCGUCCCCUCGACUUAACGGAGUGGAUCAAAGGGUCCAAGUUCAGCUGAACAGCCUCUCGGUUCAGACGGUGCCAGUUUGUAUAUGCUUUGUUUUUUUGUUUUUGUUUUUUAAACUGUGUUAUACUGAGAUGAAAAUUGUCUAACUUGCACCAACAAGAAGAAAAACCCACCCACACACACAUGGAAAAAAAUAAUAAUAAAAAAUUAAUUCAAAACCCCACUGAGGGCCAGUGGGGCCCCGGCAGAGCCUCACUCGCUCCGAUGUACAAAAUUAGUUGAUUUCUGUGUUGUAAAAUAGUCAAUGUUUGAAGUACAAAACGAAGAAGAAAAAAAAAAAAAAACAACAAAAAAACUUUUCUGAGAGAACGGGUGGCGGUUCUAACUUCAUGGUAGACAAAUCUGUUAAUAGAGUACGGAUAUAUAUUAUAUAAAUGCAAAUAUAUACUUUUUAUGUGCAGAUGUGGAUGUCACUUAUAGCAGCAACAGUAACGGGAAAAGACUUGUUAAAACAACAACAAAAAAAAAGACAACAGCUACAUGUAGGCAUUUUGUUCACAUCUUCUUUUUCAUGUCAACACACUAACCUGUCAGCUUUGUGUAGUAACGUUGUUGCUUUGUGGAGUAGAGUAGCCCAGGCGCCAGGGAUCCACGUCGUCGCUGAUUCAAACCAACAAGGUGCUACAUUUGUUGAGUAUUACCAACGUGUCGGUGUUUUAACAGCGCACAAACCAUCUCCAGAUUACUCUGGGUAUCCGCACGGCCUUGCUAGAGUAUUCACACUGCUUCUCUUUAACGGUCGUUGUGCCGCGCGGCACAAACGCCGAUGGACUUGAAUCGGAGCCCAUUGGACAGAUGGGUGUCGAGCGAGAAGGAAAGAAAUCCAUCUUGUUUUUGGGUUGUUUUUUUUUAAACUUAAAUGAAAUCUGGAAAGUGUGGCAAACAUUUGCCUUUAGCCCCUUACAGUCAACACACUGCAAAAUAAAGACAACAAAAUUUUACCGUGCUGUUUUUUUUUUUUUUUUUUUUUUUUUUUUGCCUGCUUAGUUUCUAGUGGAAAUAUCUUGGAAAAUUUGACAUACGGCUAAAAUCAAAAGUAAACGUUACAAGUGACUUUGUAUCAAAAUAUAAAAGCUUGUUUUAAGUCAAUAAUUCUUUAAUAUUGAUUUUAAAUAAGUACUAGCUCCUCUGGCAGAUUAUUUUACUUGUGACAUGGGGGAAACUGUCAAAGUGUGUGAGUACUCUACCAAUGCACUUUUUAUAAGCUGACCUCCUCAUGUCAAAGUGCAAAACUUGCAUCCCAUGAAUGCAUGAGUAUAUAUAUUUUUUUGUCAUCAAGCGACAAAAAGGCUGUGUUGAAUCAGCUGACCGGCAGACCCUGGCCCCGCCCUACCCACUGCUGUUUUAGAAGUCCUAGAGGUCACCUUCCAAUGCUUAAAACGCCACUCAGAACGAAGGUGUCCCCCCCCUACACACACACACACACACGCACACACACACACACACACACACACACACACACUGGAUGAUCAACAGAUGUGCCGUAUUUGUUAGUGAGCAUCUGGAAACUGACAACAUCAUGUAUGUCUUUUGUGAUCCUUAGACAAAAAAACUGACUUAUAACGGAGAUGCAAUGUCGGUGACCUUUUUUUCUUUUUAUUUCAUUUUUUUCCUCUCUCUUUUUUUUUUUUGUUGCUAGACCAAAUGUGUUUUAAAAAGACAAUUGUGAAUCUUUCUAUUGCCUCAAACAGAUUGCAACUGCUCCAAAAAAAUUAUAUAUAUAUAAAUGGACCAUUGAAGAACC